AUGAGCUGUAGCGAGCAGACGGGGUCGGGUGAAUCGAGCGAUCAUCAGCUGGUGGUGGAUAGCUGGGAGGAGGCCGGGGAUGAGGCUGUUGAAGAACGACAAAAACAGCUUUUAAAGAAAAAGCACAAGGAGGAGGAGAUGAGAGCUCUACGCGAACAAGCUGCUGCAGCGCAACAGAAUCAAAUUACAACAGUGGGUGAUCGGCAGAGCGGAAUAAAAAUCUUGCGAAGACCUCAAAGUUGUGGCACAUUGCCCUCACCCUCGACGAGGCCCGAAGUGCCAAAAACUGAUGAAACUCAACAGCAACAACUACAGACACAAGCCAAGCUGAAGAGUUUAGAGGAGCGUCAAGCGGCGUAUCAGCAGGCACGCGAGCGUAUAUUCGGUAAAUUCAAUCCGGACGAGGAGGUGGAGACU